CUUGUGGCCACCAACCGGUCCUCUAUCUUCAGUGGUCACCACGGUCAGCUUUCUCUGAGCACUGUGUUUCUGGAUGAGUACCAUGACCGCCUGUUCCUGGGGGGCAAAGACGUCCUCUACUCCCUGAGACUGGACCAUACCAACCUUGACACCAAAGAGGUGAGUUCACGUUCCAUGUAAUACAUGCUGUACAUAUAGGCCAAUGGGGGAGUUUACAUCCCUCCCCAUACUUGCCAACUCAUGUACAAUAAACCCCACAUAAAUAAUUAUUCCUAAACUCCCCCAUUGAGUUAGUGUUGUUGUUUGAGCUGCUGACUAGGGUGGCAUGAACAUGUACCUCUCACCAGGACUCCAUUUUACAUUUCCAUUAUAGUCAUUUAGCAGAUGCUCUUAUCCAGAGCGAUUUACAAUAGUGAGUGCAUACAUCAUACUUUUUUGUACUGGUCCCCUGUGGGAAUCAAACCCACAACCCUGGCAUUGCAAGUGCCAUGCUCUACCAACUGGGCCACACAGGACCACCAACAUUAAAUGUCUCUAAAUCAUCACUCCACUCUUUAAUCCAGCUCCAAUUUUGGAAUUCCUAUCUUAAUCCCUGUAGAGAUUAACACGUUAACAGUUUGAGUUGGUUGGAAUCACUGCUUGAGCGGUGUGUGUGUGUGUGUGUCUGUCUGUGUGUCUCAGUCUGUAUGUGUGUCUCUGUCUGUCUGUCUGUCUGUCUGUGUGUCUCAGUCUGUAUGUGUGUCUCUGUCUGUCUGUCUGUCUGUCUGUCUGUCUGUCUGUCUGUCUGUCUGUCUGUCCUUGUUCGCCCUGUGAUAUACAGCCUCCUGUGUGUGUCACACUUAUCCUGGUCUAGAGUUUACGCUAAGCUGGUCUCUUCUUAUCAGGUCUCUGUGGUUUCCCACCUGAUAGGUUAGCAGAGCGAGAAAGAGAGAUUGAGAAAGAGGGAAGGAGGGAGGGAGGGCUUAACCCUGGCCCCAGGUUUCUCCAGCCUCCUCCUCUACCUCACAUAUCAUUCCCUCUAGAAUUCUUAAAUCCCCCUCUAUCUCUCCUUCACUCUAGUCCUCCAUCAUAGACUAAGCCCUCUGCUCCUCCCUCCUCACCUCUGUAUAUGAGACUUAACCUGCUAUGUACCAGUUUACUGUUAGACUCCAUUUAGAAAGUCAACUCACUAUUGGUAAUGUCUAUACUUGUAGGCUCAGUCUGGCUGGGCCCACUCGUCUUUGACAGGGAGAAACAAACAUGGAUGAGUUGGAGAGAUGAGGUCACAGAGACCAGGUUGGCCUGUAAACUGCCCACAGCUCACUGCCCACAGCCCACUGCCCAACGCCACUUCUUAAGCGCUUCAACAGCCACUCUGGCAUAUCAUAUUUGGGAAGUGUUUGAACUGUUUCAAUACAGUCUUAAUGGUAAUGACAAUGGCAGAAAUAAAACAAACACAUGCCUAUGUAAAUGUGCCACAUGAACAUGUAAAUAUUUUACUCUAAACAGAAAUGAUUGCAGCUCGAUAUAGACCUUUAGUUUUUGAGGAGUGUUUGUGUGUAAAACCAAACUUGUUUUAUGUUGCCAUAAAUGUGAUCGGUUCUUAACAAAGGCUCUUUCAUUGGUUCCAGUGCCUUUGGCUUUCAUAUUCUUUAAGAGCCUGGCUUUGUAUCUAUUAUAGGUCUGUCUUGACUGACAGUGACUUUUGGGUGUGAACUGUUGCUAUAAAGGUUGGGUGUAACCUUCUGUGGUAAAAUGGGCUAGUCAAUGAGGUUGCCAGAUGUGUUCCCACUUUCCAGCACCUAAGGGCACCUGCCCUCUGGACAUGGACUGGGUCAAGACCUUAUCUGGCAACAUUUCUCCCUAGUUUCACUCAUACUAGAAACUAGAUAAGAGUAGACUUAAACAUACGGUCUGUGUGUAGUUUAGUAUGUUAUGGAUCUACUUGAUGCAUGCCACAGUAAGGUCCUUGAUUGGCCAGCUCAUGCAAGGGUUUGUCAGGGCUUGUUAUGAUUGGCUGGUGCCUGGGCAUUCCGGCCAAUGGAUGACACUACUGAGCCAAACAGGAAAAGGAAGUUAAUCAGUGCGCUGACAACCAAGCUCUGGUAAGAAGUUGCCCUUAGGCACAGAAACUCAAGCUGACCAAAUCAGUGUCUAGACCUAUGGGAAACUUUAUCCUGCAAUUGGUGAUGAUGACUAACAUGUCAGGAUGGUUAAAGAGAGGGAAGGAGUUAUAGAGACAAAUAGAACAUGAUGACCACAGUACUUCCUAUGUGAAUCCAGGCAAGGAAUAGUAGUAUUAUAGUGCAGAUUGGCUGAUUCUGUGGUUCAGACCAUAAAAGGGCAUGUUUCAGGCAGGCAGGCAGGCAAUGAUUAAUAGUGGUUCAGUUCCAGACAGGCUCGAUAAAGCAAUAAAGUGUGAUAUAGAGGCAGCCCUAAUGCUUUCUGUAACAUUCACUUAUGAUAUGACAAGCUGUGUUACAGAAAAGCACAUGUAUCAGGCUCUGCUUUCUCUCUUAAGAUGAAUGGCCAUGCAUGCACAAUUAUGUAGGAUCACGCAUGUACAUGCACGUAAGCACAGACACAAAUAUGCAUGGACACAAUUGCAGAUGGACACGCAUGCACAUUGUCACAAAAAGUUACGGUUUCCUUGCUUUGUUGGUAUUCUGUAUAUGCAAAAUAAGCUUUUACAUGAGACACACAAAAGAGCCAUUGUUUCAGAUAGCCUUCUGUGAGUCAGUAAUACACAACAGAGUAUCUGAUGGUGCCAAUGGCCAAAGAGGGGCUUUCCAAAUACAGUCUUGGAUAUUGAUGAUAUAGAACACACCGUCAAUUAAUCCCACGGCCUAAAUGACUAGACUAGGAUUAUAGUUUCAUGUUAGACCCACCCACAUCAAUUAGCACUGAUUAGCCCAUUGAUGAUUGUGUGGGAGAUACGGACUUGGUUUCAUAUGUGAUCUAGUAGGUCUUAAUUGUAUAAACUGUGGCCAAAAACGCUCUCAUGAUCUAAUUGCCUGUUGUUAUAUUGUGGUUUAGGCAGUGUACAAUGUUGCAAUGUUAUGAGGUGAUUUAUCUCGCCGAGAUCUAGGCCAGAAUGCGUUAGGAUGAGCAGUGAGCCUAGCGGUAGGACGAACGAAGUAGAGCUCGCUCGAUCGCAGCAUAUCUCUUGUAGCUCUGAGCGUAUCUGCUCGCUCGUUCUCUCUGCUAUCAGUCGAAUCGACGAUCGAUCUCUCUCUCUCUCGUCUCGAUCGUCUCUCUCUCUCUCUCUCUAUCUCCUACUAUCCUCGUCUCUUCUCUCUCUAUCUAUCUCUCUCUCUCUCUCUCUCUCUCAUCUCUCUCUCUCUCCUCUCGCGCUCGCGCUCGUUGUAGAGCUACUGGCCUCCAUUGCCUGGUAACAGAGAUGAAUGUGUCCAGAGAGGGAAGGAUUCUCAGGUGAGUGACAGCUCAGUCAGACCAGUCCACCUCUGAGGUGGCCUCUCUACUUCCUAUUUACUCUAAUAAUGUCACAUCCAUGGUUUCCACCUGCCUAGCCUAUCCACCUGCUCUAUCAUCCACUCUAGACAUCAACGUUCUAGUCACCUUACUGACUGUACUGUACAUUCUACAACGCCACAUCUGGAUCAUGUUAUCAGGAAUCUAACCAGCAAAUCCAUGUCGACGGUUGGCUUACUGUGUCAACACUCCCUUUCCCUAUAUCCUACAGGCUACAACCAUAGUCCCAUGCACCAUCCCACCAUCCCCUUAUCUAUCCAUUCCUCCAUUCCUGGGUACAGUGAAGUUGUUUAACAGCCCAGUGAAUGAGAUAGGGAGUCUUUCCUUAUCUAGUAAUAGCCCCUCCCACAUGGCUGAGGUGUCCAGAGCCGGGUUCCAACACAAUAAACACCAGUAAUGACAUCUUAAGAAGACUGCCCAUAUAGAAACUGCCCCUCACUCCCCAGUCAAAUACUCUAAAGACAUUUGCGCUUCCAUGUUUAAUAUCUUCUGUCCCCUAAGCCUUGGCUAAUGACAGAAAGUGAAACCGCCCUGGUCUGGGUUAGGUGGUUUGGUCUGUAAAACAGGACUAAUCUGUCUCUCUGGAUGUGGAGGGGGGUUGGAGGGAAGUUUAAGACGACCCAUUGGGCGUCAACACUGGCCCUAUAGGUAACUGUGUCGUUUGAAGUGGCAGGUGAGGAGGGGUUUCUAAUAUCAGGAGUUAUUACGCGUUUCCUCCUCCCGUAUGAGGUAUGUGAUCCUGUGUUCAGGAGCAGUCGUAAUGCGUUAAAGUUGGGUCCACGGUAACUCAAUCUAACCUCUGCCGAGGGAACCGUGGGGUGUGUGUGUGUUUAAGCUCCCCUCCAUAGCCCUGGAGACACACCCAUGCGCCCCAGCAGCACUCACUUACCAUCAGACUCAUUCAGACCACAGUUCAAGUGGACUUGGUUCUUGUCCUCUCCAUCAUUCUUUUAAACAGACAGAGGCCUGGACUGAAUCUGUUGUUGGAGAUACAUUGUUUCUGAGAGGAAGAGGGGCCCAUGUGUCUAGUCUAGUGUCUAGCAUCACUCUCCCUGUGGACAGCAGAGGUGAGUGUGUUCUCCUUAUUAGGGAGUGUGACCAUGGUAAUGACUCCAGGCCCAUUGGACCCAUGAGGCCACACAGUGUGUGGGUGUGUGUGGUUGUUACCAUGCCUUCGAGUGUGUGUACGCCAUAGCCUCACUAUACAGCCUUAGAUGGGUUAACAAUGACUGGGCUGGGAGGUGGAGGUGAAGGCAGAGAGCAGUGUGUGUGUGUGUGUGUGUGUCUGCUGGGAGUGUGUGUACAGGGUCACAUCUGUAACACUUCACACCUCUAGUUCCUCCCAAAUGGAAUAUAACCCGCCACCUCCACCCCAGUGCCCUCUGAGGCUAGGGACUCCAUGAGAAAGGCUUUCAGGUGCUGUAUGUAUUGUUUACCCUCUGUAAGAUGGGGUUGUCCCCUGUUUACCCUCUGUAAGAUGGGGUGGUCCCCUGUUUACUCUCUGUAAGAUGGGGUGGUCCCCUAUUUACCCUCUGUAAGAUGGGGUGGUCCACUGUUUACCCUCUGUAAGAUGGGGUGGUCCCCUGUUUACCCUCUUUAAGAUGGGGUGGUCCCCUGUUUACCCUCUGUAAGAUGGGGUGGUCCCCUGUUUACCCUCUGUAAGAUGGGGUGGUCCCCUGUUUACCCUCUGUAAAAUGGGGUGGUCCCCUGUUUACCCUCUGUAAGAUGGGGUGGUACCCUGUUUACCCUCUGUAAGAUGGGGUGGUCCCCUGUUUUGAGGACUGUAUGCUCAGUGGACAGGCCCAGUUGUGUCGUUGUCUCUGGGCUCAGUGAAGGGUCAUUGGUGCCCUCUCUGCCACUAUUCUCUACCUGACAAAGACUCAGACACACUCACCCAGUGCUCUGUUUGCACCUUUCCCCGCUGCUAGACAAAACCCCAGGCAAUGUCAAAAGGUGAAAAGUCAAGUCAAGGCAUAGGUGUUGGUUUGAUUGGUUGAAAUGGCCUUGAUUGUGUUUUUGGCAGAGAGAAAGGCUUGGUUCACAACCCUUACUGUGGACUGAAGUUAAUCCAGUGAGUACAGGGACAUGUGAGUGUGUACAGAGUCAGAGCAGGUCUUUCCGGCACAGAUGGACACUUAAAUGUGUGUGUGUGUUCUGAAUGUGCCCUGACUGCCUAUGCCAGCUGGCGGAUGAGCGAGGACAGAGCAUUCCCUUCCUCCCUCUCUAACUUUGUUAGGCAGUGUUGGACAAGGAGACCUCCCAUUAAACAAACACCAUGGAGCGAAGCUGGCGUUGGCACUGACUGGACAGCCCGGCUGGUUUUAAAGCCGGACCGGGUUGUGUCUCUAUUGUUGCACCCAUUCAGCGUUCUGCUACAGUGACCUCUCAAUGGAAAAACACUGCAAGGCUACUGGGCUGGUAGUCGCAAUCUGUCUCCUUCCCUUAUACAGAAUGUGUCUGUGUCUUGGAGCUGUAGGAUGUGCAUACUACUUCCUUCCCUUGACUGUGGGAGGAUGAGGAUGGGGAUGGGAGAUAGAGGUGUGUGUGUGAGGGUCUUUUAUUGACUGGCGAAUGGAGGGGAACCGGCUAUUUAAUGGGGCUGUGUGACCCCGCUGGUUGACCCCUGGCUAACACCUAACGUGUUUGCUUUAUGAUGGCCUUCCUCACAUGUCGCAACCCCAUGACCCCUGAUUUCAUUACCCCCAGCAGAUAUAGACGUCCCAUAGCCCCUCCUUCAGCAGGAACCAGACAAUCACAAAACAGGGACUACAGGGCUAUGGGUUCGGGAGAGUGGAUGGAGGAGAGAUUUGAAUGUUUAAAGAAUUGUAGGAGACUUUUGAAGAACUUUGUGAGACUCUGAGACUUCAUGCAUCAGGGAGCUGGAAAUUCAGCUUGGUGCCAUUUGGCACAGUGCCCUGGCAUUAUCCAGCACUGCCAGAGGAAACAUUCCUCUAUGUUCAUUAAUGGGUACAGUCUUACCCAUGGGUACAAACAUGGAAGUGACUUGCUUUAAAAAGUUAAUCAUCUACAAACCAAAACUCUACUGGCAUCCCAGUGCUCUGAUUCCAAGGACAGAUCUGCAGACUGACACUGUGGAAUGCCCUAGGCUUAUGUCUAAGCUUACUGAUAUGAACAACUACUGCUGGGCUAAAGCAACCAAACUUUAGGAGUUGAGCACGUCUUAUAGUGCAUUUGACGCCUACGCUUGUGUCUACCACUUGUGUGGGAGCUGGUGUGGUUGUGGGAUUGUGUUGUGUGUCUGUCUCAGUUAUCAAUGUUCACAUCCGUAGUCUGCUCAUCUGGUCCUCUCCUCAGCACACUGCUUCUAUGCUCUCUCUUCUCCAUGUAGCUCCAGCUGUGUGGACCACAGAGACUUGGACAGACUGAAGCAUCCUGCUUUUUCCAAAACAGCUUUGAAAUGCCUCUUUGUGUGGGUGUGUGUGCGUGUGUGCUUGCAUCCAUGUGUGUCUUCCAGUGUGUGUGCACAGCUGUACGCCCGUUUGAGGGUUUGUGUGUGUCUUUCUCUCUAUGCGCGCCUGUGUGUGAAUGUGUGUGUGUUUCCCUCAGCGGUGGUCUUGAUUUCCUGUUAGUGUUAACAGCACUGAUUGCUCUCCAGUGAAUGCAUGAGGUUUACACUGGAACAAGAUGGCUCCCUCCCUCAGUAUAAACACCUGAGGCCUGAUGGUAUUACCCUACCACCCCGCCUGUCUGUUACACACUCAAUAUUAUGGAAAAAUACAUUACAAAGGAUCUGUCACUCGUCUAACUCAUUAGUAAACAGUUUAUACACUGAGUGUACAAAACAUUAGGAACACAGAGGAGACAGGGGCAGGAGGCUGCUUCUCUCCACUGGGACCAGUCUAGAAUCUAUUUCUACAGACCACCUCACCUCUGCCUAUCCUCUGUACUCUUCCAGAGCAGGAGAGGAGAGGAGAGAGGGAUGGUGGGAGGUGAAGAGAGGUUGGGUAAUUAAAACCUGAGAGGAGUAAAGAGGAGUGUGUGUGUGUGUCUGUGUACGUGAGGAGUGUGUGUGCGUGCCUGUGUGCAGCUACAGUCUGGACAGGAAGGAGAGCUGAGUCAUGUUUGGCUGAUAGAUACAAAGCACACCUGGCUUCACUCCAAACCUCCAAUAUACUGUAUAGUGGGUGUACAAAACAUUAGGAACACCUUCCUAAUAUUGAGUUGCACCCCAUUUUGCUCUCGAUCAGCCUCAAUUCGUUGGGGCAUGGACUCUACAAGGUGUCGAAAGCGUUCCACAGGGAUGCUGGCCCAUGUUGACUCCAAUGCUUCCACAGUUGUGUCAAGUUGGCUGGAUGUCCUUUGGGUGCUGGACCAUUCUUGAUACAAACGGGAAACUGUUGAGCUUGAAAAACCCAGCAGCGUUGCAGUUCUUGACACACUCAAACCGGUGCGCCUGGCACCUUCUACCAUACCCUGUUCAAAGGCACAUUUUGUAACGUGUCUCCUCCCCUUCAUCUACACUGAUUGAAGUGGAUUUAACAGGUGACAUCAAUAAGGGAUCAUAACUUUCACCUGGAUUCACCUGGUCAGUCUAUGUCAUGUUCAGAAUGUUUGUUACGCUCAAUGUAUAAUAUUAGUAGUCACACACACACACACACACAAACACAGUGGCUAAGUGGAUGAGUUUGACCCUGUCACCCUAGGGCAGUGACACUCUUGGCUUGUUUCCUGUUGGUCACUGUGACACCACUCCUCAGCUUCUAUUGUGAUACUUCAAGAAAAGGAUACAUCUGUGCCCUGCUCUUCCUGAGGGCUCCAGGAUUAUAUUCCUCUCUCAUUCCUCUCUCAUUCUGUCUCUAGAUCUCUAUCUUCCUUUUUCUCUCUUCUUUGGCUCUCUGUCUCCCCUCUCUUAUUCUCUCCCUCGCUCUCUCUAGCUCUCCGUCUUUCUCCUUCUCUUCUGUCUGUUGCCUGAUCCCUCCCUGUGGCCCUGUCUUUGGCUGUGGGAAAGAUCUGGGAAGCCCAGCAUUUGUUGAAGUUUAUUGUUUUUAAUUUUUUUAACUCUUGUUCUUGGCCCUUAUUGCUAACAUGUGGAAUCAAUGGGCUUUGUUAAGAAAUAUUUUUAUUCUACACAAAAUUGUCAGAAAUUGGAUGUUGUAAUGUGUAUUUUGAUUUAUUUAACCUGUGUGUGUGUGUUCACAGACGGAGUGUGCCAACUUUGUGCGCCUGCUGCAGCCCUAUAACCGCACCCACCUGCUGGCCUGUGGUACGGGUGCCUUCCAGCCCAUGUGUGCCUAUGUGUACGUGGGCCACCGCGGAGAGGUAAGACCCCACUGCAUUGCAUUGCAUCACACACACACACACACACACACACACACACACACACACACACACACACACACACACACACACACACACACACACACAGGCUCUGACAGAUGAGUCACCCUGGUUUUGCUCUACAUACUCUCUCCUUCAGCAGCCAGUAAUCAGAUGAGGCUGUCUGGUCUGUUAGAAAACUCUGUUCUUAUGCUGAUGUUACUCCCAUUGACUCCCAUUCAUUUUGCUGCUUCAGUCUACUCACCUCAUUGUAAAGCUGUAGUAUUGUGAUCAUGGCAGCACCAACUACUCCCUAUGGAUUGUCUGUCUGUCUCCAUUGUAUAGUAUUUGAUACCUGAUACUGUCUUAUUGUGUCCAGUCUGUGAACACAGUGGUCUCUCUCUCUCUCUCUCUCUGAGACAGUGUAUACAGAAAGAGGCAGCAGGCUGUGGCCAUCAGAAACAUUCAGUGCUCUGGCUCCAGGCUCAGAGCUCCAGGCUGAGGACACAGGGCCCAGGGUUGUGCUCCAGCAUACAGCUGCCCAGCGGGGCCCUGCUGCCAGGCCCUCUGUAGAGGCCUGUAUGUGGUGAAAACCCACAAAGCUGCACACAGUGCCCACGUGCCUCACCAGCAGGAGGGGGUCGGACUGGGCAUGAGGAGGGGAGGCACUGGGCAUGGAGGGUUGGUGAGGGUGCCAGCUAUUAAAGUUGGGGGAAGGUGGUUGUGGAACCAACAAGGUGUGAUACGAGACAGGGAGUGGAAGGGUGGUCUGUCUGUGUUGGUCAUAUUGGGGGUCUUAGUUUGUGUGUGCGUGUGUGUGUGUUGGUAGUUAGGAUGGGGGCUGCUGCGUCAACUGUGGGGAGGGUUGUCUGUUCUGCCAUGUUGGCCCUCUCUCUACAUUCAUCAUCCUCUGUGUGAGUUGGGCCUAUGUUUUAUGACACUCCAUAAAAAGCAUUUAGGUCUUAGUUACUGCCUUAGCGCUGUGCUGCCUCUGACAAGAGUAGAGCAGCAUAGUGUGUGUGUGUGUGUGUGUGCAUGCUUGUGCGUAUGUGUGUCUAUGUCUCUCUGUGCCUGUGUGUGUUGGCAGAUGGAUACAGUGUAUUAAGGUGUGAAUUGACUGUGGGUCAUGUUAUAUGUAUAUAUGUUUAAGAGUAGGACCCCCCCUAUCUCUAGUCUGAGCACUACUGAGGGGAGACGGAAGGCAGCUGACUGCACACCUGUCCUGGGGAGGCCUGGAACAGAGAUGAAACACCCUGUCAAAGGUCAUCCCACCCACAGCCCGGCCCAAAGGUUCAUGAUCCCGAGGGAAAGCAAACAGACGUGUGUUCCUAAAUGAGUUAGUGACUGGUUAAAUAAAUGGAGGGUUGCCCGUGGCGCUGUCUGCCGUAGGGUGGUAUGGACUCCCACCUUGGAGGACUGGCACUGGCGACACACACACUGCCCACGCAAGGAAAAUAAACCCCAAUAGUGGUGGCAACAUCUAGAGGUUCCAGCCUCUUCCACACACAAACACACAUAUACACACACACACACACACACACACACACACACACACAGACCUGUUUGUUAUCAUAAGGACAUCAUGAGAGAGGGGGCACGGUCACAGUCAGGGUCACUUCUAGAAAUAAUGUAUCUUUGUAUUCAUCUCGUUACCUUUCGCUUCUAUCUCUCUAUUGCUCUGUUUCUGUCUCUUUCCUGUUAUGACUGUGGUGCUGGGUAAUGUUAGGGAUGGACAGAGAGAAGAGAGGACAGAGUGCAUCUUUCUGAGGCUGUCUUGCCUUAGAGAGAGAAAUGACAAGAUCGUGAGAGAAGAAGCAAGCUGGAAAGGAUGAGGGAAGGAGUUUGAAAAGGUUGUGGGCGCAGACAGAGGUGGAUAUCUGCUUAGAGAAAGAGAAGGAGAGAAGAAAGAUAGAGGGAUGGAGGAUGGAAACCGACACAUGGAUCUGAGGAACAGAGAGAGAGCAGCUUAGCGUGUGUUUUGACGUUUUUUUAUUACACUAAUAUAGCAGACAAUACAAACUGAAAUCCAUGAGCAUAUAAAAUAUGAAUGGAUAAGAGAAACAACAAGAAACAUUUUUUAUCAAUAAAGUCCUGCGGUCUUAAAACUAGCGUGUGUGUGGCAGUGGAGGCUCCUGGGGGAGGACGGCUCAUAAUGGAAACCAUAUGUUUAAGAUGGUUUUGAUACCAUUCCAUCUAUUCCGCUCCAGCCAUUACCACGAGCCCGUCCUCCCCAAUUAAGGUCCCACCAACCUCCUGUGGUGUGUGUGUGUGUGUGCCAGUAGUCAUGUCAGUGGCCCAGGCUUGGUAGUGGGGUUGCUGGGCUGUUUGGAAAGGCUGACUAGAGAACAACAGCAGACACAACUAGCGCCUGUCCCCUUGCUCAACACCGAGUUACCACAGAGAGACUGGAUCUGAGAGAGACUAGCCAGGAGGAGAAAGAGAGGAAGGGAGGGAGUAGAGAGAGAAAGGGGGGUGGGGAGGGAGAGAUGGAUGAAGUAGAGAGAGAGAGUGAGGGAGGGAAUGAGACAGAGGGAGAGAGAGAGAGAGAUAGGGGGGAUUGAGAGGCAAAAGAGGAGUGGUAAAGUAAAGAGAGUAGAGGGGUGCUGUAAGGAUGACAAAUGAGGUAUAGCCAAAACAUGUAUUUUUUUUAGAGGAUUAAAAGUAAAAGAGUUUUGAGAGCUGAUUAUGUGAAAAAGAUGAGUGAGAUUGAACUAUGGAGAUUCACAAAGCAGAGGCGAGGUAUAAGUGGAAUUCAUGCUGAUUGAUCUGAUCAUGAUAACUAAUGUUACUAGGUUGAUUUUAUAAAAAGGAGGUUAGUGUCUGUGCGUGUGCAUGUGUGUAUACGGUACUGUGUACUUUAUGUGUGCAGUCCAGAGAGUUACACAGCCCAGGGCGAGGUAACAUCUGGUGUGUCUGCUGCUAUUUAGCUCACUGAGAGAGAAACAGCAGAGACCCUGUACUGCUUGCCAAAAGGGCCUGUCCUUUCUCUCUGCGGAGAGAGAGAGAGAGAGAGAGAGAGAGAGAGAGAGAGAGAGAGAGAGAGAGAGAGAGAGAAUCACUGUGGCCUUUGCUUACCCACUAGAUAUCCUGGGACCGUCCCAUAUAUAGCACUGGUUACUGUACUGAUGAUAGUGACCUUUUCUAGAGGUCAAAGCCCUGACAUACAGCAGAAAUCAUAGAAAGAGACAUUGUGGAAAUCAAAGCCAACCUUGAACCUUACUUCCUCCUCUCUCCUCACUGAGAGUGCCACUAUAGCUGGAAAGGUCCUAGUUCCACUGGGAAUCCCUGUGUGAUUCAAAGCCAAGGAAAGGGCACUUACUGGAAAGGGCCAUAAAAUCAAGGAAAUACGGCGUUAUUUUAAUCAUACUGGUGGGCGUAGCGUUAUUAAGUGUAUUUUUAUUCUACUGACUUCCAUGUCAUGGUGUCCCACGUGGCAGUGUGUACAGUCAUUCAACCAGAGAACCACAAUGCCUCAUUGUCUGCACUGGGAAUUGAUACCCAAAUGUGGAGACUGUGGAUAGUUCACAGAGAGGACAUUCAUCUGGGUCCUGAUUCACUUGGAGGUCAUCCUGUCUGUCUUUCCACACUCACUGUGUUACCCCCUGUUACUCCUGUCCCUCACUGAUGACAUCACUACAGUCAAAGAGUCACUACUGUAUUAGGGCAUAGAGAUACAUUCAAUUAAGUGUUCUAUUUAAUUAAAUGUAUUAGAGUGACGUACUGUAUGUAAAUGUAAAAAUAUUUACAAUGAGUUCAGUAAUUGCCCUUAGGGCGCAUAAAGGAAAACAUUCAAAUCAUACGAUUUUCUUAAGAAUUACACUGUACGCUGUAAUUGAACUUACAACCCUGUACAUGUGACUAUUACACUUCUUAUCUAAUAUUUUAAUGAUAUGUGAUAUCUGGAUUUUUCCUAACCCCAUGUUUUCUCUUUCUUUCCCCUGAACAGCAUGUUUUCACCAUAGACCCUACCAAUGUGGGGAACGGACGGGGGAAGGUUCCUCACGACCCCAGCCUCCCCUUCGCUAGCACCUUAAUUGGUAGGUCCUGUACUCUGUGUCUUUAUUAGUCCAGUAUGUUUAUCUCAACACGACAGCCGGAAGAGGUUUCUGAUUCUGUGAGAUACACUGUAGGUGUUCCUCUCUUGUUGUCAUUCGACAUUUAGCUUGUGAAAUAAGUCAUAUUUAUUGCAUCAACAUGCAACUCUAGAAGUCGCAGUGUUGAAAAGUGUGUGUUUGUGUGUGUGUGUGUCUUCCCACCCCGCCCCGGUCCACUCUGUGGCUGAACUCCAAAACUCCAGGAUCUGUCCCAAAAUGCAUUGGAUCUGGCAGGCAGACACACAGGGACGGCCAAAGGCCCAGCAGUCUAUCCUUGAGCACACUGAUACACGAAAGAAGAUUGGACUGAUUCACUGAUAUACAUACAAACAACCCUACACAAAAAAAGUAAUAUUCCACUAAUGCUCACUCACAUACACUGUAUAAAGCUAACAUGGAAAAACAUAAUAAACAUAGACCCACACACACAUAGAUACAAAUUGCGUACAUGUUCUAGACCUUUGAAUCACACAUAUCUAUUAUCCUCUAUUCAUUCUGAAUCAUGUUUAAGGAGUAACUGCUGUCAAAUGUUUAAUUUCAGAGGUCGCAAUGAAUAGAUUAAUCAGACAGAUGGAGAGAGAGAGAAAGAGAGAGAUGGGAUGAAAAAAAUAGAGAAUAGAGAGAAAGAGAAGGCGAGACGGAGAGGGAGAAAAAGAUAGAGAGAGAGGGGGAAGACAGAGCGUAUUUGUCAUGGCCAGUGUGUCAUAUCAGUAAAGAGAGCUCUUUGGCAGGAGGAGGACAUGGAGGUCAGUAACCCUUAUUCCCUCUCCUCUCCGUCUCCUCACACACACGCAUCCCUCUGACGUAUCUCUGCAUCUCCCCUAUCUCUGGGAUCAGCUAUUAAAAUAAGCCAUUGCCUUUCAGUGGGGCCAGAGUCUGCAUUAAUCACACUGCUCAAAAUGCUGUGGAACUAGGCCAGACUGAUGAUCUGUUUGUGCAUACUCAGGGGUGUAAAGCAACCCCACUGUCUCUGUACAGCUAACUGCUAUUAUAAUUCAGCUCCUUGGUUGGGAUACAAUCAUUGGAGCCAUAGACACACACACACACACACACACACACGUGUGCGCACACACAGGCGCGCCAAUCCUUAGUCAGUGAAGUGAUGACAGGGCUGAGGGAGCUAUGACACGGCCACUUUAGAUGAAGAUAGUCUUGUUGGGAGCAUGACCUGAGCUCUUUGUCAUGUAGAGCAGGGAUAGCAUUUAAUCUGAUACUAGUUCAGUUGGAAAUGCUGUCUGAUUCAAUGGGAGAUACUGUUACAGACAGUUGAUCUGAUCUCUGUCCAGUCUAUGAACCUUCUCUAGGGAUGCAGGACAUGUGGUUUUGGGUGUUCAGGAGGGGGUAGUGUUUCAGAAUUGGUCUACUAUAUUUGCAAAUGUUGCAUCCCUUUCAUCAUUACAUUCUUCCCCUGCCAUCCCUUAUUUCCUCAUCCUCAUACUGUCUCCCUAUCCCCUCCUCUUUCCUUCUCUCCCUCCAUCCUUUCCUCUGUAUGUUCCCAGGUGGGGAGCUGUACACAGGGCUGACUGCAGAUUUCCUGGGUAGAGACUCAGUAAUCUUCCGUAGUCUGGGAGGUCGCUCCACCAUGAGGACUGAGACGGACCAGAGACUGCUGCAUGGUACAAUAACUGUACUGUACUCACCACCCACACUGAAUACACACCUCAAACCAAUACCCACCUAUUCUAUAUCACUUGGUUCUUACAGCUUCUAUAGACACUACUUUUUUCAUCUUUAUUUUUCUUUCUCACUGACUCCCCGCUCUCUCUCCUUACCUCUCUCCAGAUCCUAAGUUUGUUGCGGCCCACCUCAUCCCUGAUAAUGAUGAUCGUGACAAUGACAAGGUGUACUUCUUCUUCACGGAGAAGGCCAUGGAGGCCGGGAACAGAGAGGGGGCCAUCCACACCCGCGUAGGACGAGUGUGUGCGGUAAGAGAAGUAUACAUACAGUUACACUUAACUCAUCCCACAGACAAACCCUGUGUUGGUUCAGUUAAGCUAACAGGUUACGUGAAGCCAAGGUGAAUCUGGAUCUGUGGAAAGCUCUCUCAUUGACUCCAACACUGACACUGGUGGCUUCUAUCCUCGCUUCGAGGCAAGUAACACUGAACCAUGCAUGAGAGCACCAGCUGUUCUGGUUGACUGUGUGAUCACGCUCUCCGUAACCGAUGUAAGUAAGACCUUUAAACAGGUUAACAUUUAUAAAGCCACAGGGCCAGAGCAUGCGCUGACCAGCUGGCAAGUGUCUUAACUGACAUUUUCAACCUCUACCUGACCCAGUCUGUAAUACCUACAUGUUUCAAGCAGACCACCAUAGUCCCUGUGCCCAAGAACAUCAAGGUAACCUGUCUAAAUGACUAUCGCCCCGUAGCACUCACAUAUGUAGCCAUGAAAUGCUUUGAAAGGCUGGUCAUGGCUCACAUCAACACCAUCAUCCCAGACACCCUGGACCCACUCCAAAUCGCAUACUGCCCCAACAGAUCCACAGAUGACGCAAUCUCUAUUGCACUCCACACUGCCCUUGCCCAAAUGGACAAAAUAAAGUCCUACGUGAGAAUGCUGUUUAUUGACUACAGCUCAGCGUUCAACACCAUAGUGCCCUCCAAGCUCAUCACUAAGCUAAGGACCCUGGGACUGAACACCUUCUGCAACUGGAUCCUGGACUUCCUGACGGGCCACUCCCAGGUGGAGAGGGUUGGCAACAACACAUCCGCCACGCUGACCCUCAACACGGGAGCCCCUCAGGGGUGCGUGCUUAGUCCCCUCCUGUACUGUCUGUUCACCAGAGACUGCGUGGCUGCGGCCGACUCCAACACCAUCAUUAAGUUUGCCUACUACUGACAACGGUAGUAGGCCUGAUCACCGAUGAUGAUGAGGCUUAUAGGGAGGAGGUCAGAGACCUGGCAGUGUGGUGCCAGGACAACAACCUCUCCCUCAACGUCAGCAAGACAAAGGAGCUGAUCGUGGACUACAGGAAACGGAGGGCCGAGCAUGCCCCCAUUCAUAUCGACAGGGCUGUAGUGGAGUGGGUCGAGAGCUUGAAGUUCCUUGGGGUCUACAUCACUAAGGACCUAUCAUGGUCCUGCUACGUUCCCCAGCUAGAAAACCAAAUAAUGUCACUCAAACAGAAGGGGGAACUAACAAAGAGUCACUGACAACAACUACACAAAACAGGUGUGGUUUUAGCAGGGGUUCUGUAAGACACUCAUGGGUGUGUCCACUGAAAGUUGACUAGUAACAACAACUGGAACCUAAAAGACACCCACCAUGAGCGCCCACUAAAUGUGCCUAAGAAGAGGCAAACAAAAGAAAAACCCCACACCAACUCAAAGACAGGAAGCAAACCAAAAAGGUGGAGCAAAAUGAAAUCAGACAAAGGAAUGUUUAAAAAAUAAUCAAAAUAUGGAGCGCCGACUAAAGGUGUUAACCCUCCGCAUUUAUCAAGACAACUGGAGCACUGGGCCAGCCACUCUUAAAUAGCACCUGGGCCAGCACAGGUGAAACGCCUUCACACUAACGAGAUGGCAACCAGCACAGGGGUAACACAUACUGACUGACGAGGUGAUACCAAUGGUGCGCCCUACGUGCUAACGAGCUAUACGUGCUAAAGUCCAACCUCAAAACAUAAAUUGAAAAACCAAAGCCUGUAACAGUCCAAACACACUAACACAGUCGUGAAGAAGGCACGACAACGCCUCUUCCCCCUCAUGAGUCUGAAAAUAUUUGUCAUGGGCCCUCAGACCCUCAAAAAGUUAUACAGCUGCACUAUGGCAACUGCUUGGCAUCUGACCGUAAGGCGCUACAGAGGGUAGUGCGUAUGGCCCAGUACAUCACUGGGGCUGAGCUCCGUGCCAUCCAGGACCUCUACACCAGGCUUCUACCAAGCUAUAAGACAGCUGAACAGUUAAUCAAAUGUCUACCCGGACUAUUUGCAUUGACCCCCUUUUUCUUCCCCACUGACCCUCUUGCACUGGCUCUAUGUACUGGACUCUACCCACACACUCACACAUACUACACUGAAACUCCAACACACACACACACACCACACACACAUGCAUAUUGAUGCCACACACAGACACACUUUCACACUCUUCACUUACGCUGCUGCUACUCUGUUUAUUAUCUAUCCUGAUUGCCUAGUCACUUUUACCCCUACCUACAUGUAGAUAUUACCUCAACUACCUCGUACCCCUGCACAUUGACUCGGUACCGGUACUCCUUGUAUACAGCCUUGUUAUUUUAAUUUUAUUGUUACUAUUUUCAUUUUGAAAUUUUCCCUUACUUUUUAACUCUGUAUUGUUGGGAAAGGGCUCGUAAGUAAGCAUUUCACGGUAAAGCCUACACCUGUUGUAUUCGGUGCAUGUGACAAAUACAUUUUGAUUUGAUAGUUCACUCUCCAGGACCCCCCAGGUCAGUUGAGUCUUCACCCCAUCUUAGACCACAUCAUGAUCUGGGGCUUGGGAACUGGAUCAUGGCUCUGAGUUAUUUCCACAGUGGGGCUUCAGCCCUGACAUAGUGAGAGUUUAACGUUUAGUUACGGGGAGAUGUGCUUAUAAUGGUUUAGCCAGGCCACAGAGACAAGCGUUUGGUGGGCGGGCUGGAGAGUGCUUGGUGUCUUUCUUUCUCCACACACACACACAGCUGUUGGAUGUGCUCUGGUAUGAGCGUCAAAGUGUGCAUACCUCCAAUCUCUCUCACACAGUCGUACAUCCCUUCUGACACACACUCACACACACACAACACAGCUGACUACAGGUUUCCACAAGAGACUCGCAUUCUGCUUUAGAGUCUAGGCAAUUUAUAGUAUAACAUUCCUAUGCUCACACUUACAAGUAUAUGGUUCUCACACACACAAACACACAGUCCCCACAGUCCCCCCCAAAUCUCUCUCCAUACAUAUAGUGUAUUUAUUCCUGUAUAUCCCUCCCCAAGGCGUUGUUAAACACUGCCUGUUAUUAUCAGUUCCACCAGAACAGGACCACAUCCUGCCAAGAAAGCAAUGAUCUGAUCCCAGACAGCUUACACAGUCCUGGUGUCUAUUAAACGACCCUGUCUGUCUGUACGCUGCCUGUAUGCUAGCUCUACAACAAUACACUGUAAUACAGUACGGAGGAGAAGAAAAGCUCAUAUGAUUACAUCUCCAUAACCCGUGCUCUCUGUCUCCCCAGUGUCCAGUGCAUGGUUAUAGAAGAGUUUACUAGACAACUUUCCCACGGGAGAGGACAGACAGAGUUAGUUAGCUAUGUACUUCUAUGCUCGCUUGUGUUUUUGCAUGAAUGUAUACUACAGGUAGUCUGCUGCCGUAUAGAUAAUGGUUAUUCUUUGUUUGGGUGUAACUGAUAAACUCUGUUUGUCUCGUGUUGACAAUUAUACUGUAUGUCUAGUCAGUGUGAGCCAUCUCUUCCUCUCUCCCUCCCUCCCCCUUUUGGAUAGUGUGUGUGUUGUCUGUAUGAUUGAGAUGUGAUGGGGGUGAUGAUGGUGGUGGUGUGUUGUCUGUAUGAUUGAGAUGUGAUGGUGGUGGUGUGUUGUCUGUAUGAUUGAGAUGUGAUGGUGGUGGUGGUGUGUUGUCUGUAUGAUUGAGAUGUGAUGGUGGUGGUGGUGUGUUGUCUGUAUGAUUGAGAUGUUAUAGUGAUGGUGGUGAUGAUGGUGGUGGUGUGUUUGUAUGAUUGCGAUGUUAUGGUGAUUAUGAUGGUGGUGGUGGUGAUGGUGGUGGUGUGUUGUCUGUAUGAUUGAGAUGUGAUGGGGGUGAUGAUGGUGGUGGUGUGUUGUCUGUAUGAUUGAGAUAUGAUGGUGGUGGUGGUGUGUUGUCUGUAUGAUUGAGAUGUGAUGGGGGUGGUGGUGUGUUGUCUGUAUGAUUGAGAUGUGAUGGGGGUGAUGAUGGUGGUGGUGUGUUGUCUGUAUGAUUGAGAUGUGAUGGUGGUGGUAGUGUGUUGUCUGUAUGAUUGAGAUGUGAUGGUGGUGGUGGUGUGUUGUCUGUAUGAUUGAGAUGUGAUGGUGGUGGUGGUGUGUUGUCUGUAUGAUUGAGAUGUUAUAGUGAUGGUGGUGAUGAUGGUGGUGGUGUGUUUGUAUGAUUGCGAUGUUAUGGUGAUUAUGGUGGUGGUGGUGGUGGUGAUGGUGGUGGUGUGUUGUCUGUAUGAUUGAGAUGUGAUGGGGGUGAUGAUGGUGGUGGUGUGUUGUCUGUGUCCUCUAUAGAAUGAUGCAGGUGGACAGAGAGUUCUGGUGAAUAAAUGGAGCACCUUCAUCAAGGCCAGACUGGUGUGUUCUGUACCUGGGCCUCAUGGCAUCGACACACACUUCGACGAGCUGGGUGAGACACACACACACACAAAUCAUUUAUGCUCGCAGGCACAAAACCUGAGCACAUUCACAAAAUUACUCAAUAACUCUUCUAUUUUGUAUCACAGAGGAUGUUUUCCUGCUCAGAGGCAAGGAUGAGAAGAACCCAGAUGUUUAUGCCAUCUUCAGCACCAUCAGGUGAGCUCCACACAUGGUUACACACGUCCAUAUCUCCGUCUAUGAAUUUGACAGUGGUUAUAUUUCUCCAGCCCCAUCCCUCGGCUGUUUACCAAAACAAGUGGCAAGCGGCAAUGUUGUUUUUCAAAUCCCAGUAUGUAGCUUUAACAUGUACUAUGGAGGAACCAAACCCUCAGUCACUAACAUUAAACGUUCCUCUCUCCCCUAGUAAUGUGUUCCAAGGCUUUGCAGUGUGUGUGUACCGUAUGGCAGACAUCAGAGAAGCCUUCAACGGGCCGUUUGCACACAAGGAGGGACCUGACUACCAGUGGGGGGCUUACGAGGGCAGAGUGCCCUAUCCAAGACCUGGGGUGGUGAGUAGUACCGUACAGUCCCAUACUGCAGGCGACCAUGCCAUAUCUAGAUACUAAUACUUUGUUUCAGCCUCCUUGUCAGCCUGCUUGUGUGAGCGAGAUCAGGUGAUCAAACUGGGGCGAGGGAGAGAGAGAAAGAGAGAGGGAGCUAGAAAGAGAGAGAAAUAGACAGAGAGAGAGACUGUGGCAUGGAGGAGAGACUGUGAAACAAGUCAUUCAAGUAAGAUGGGGAGAAGUCUGUCCAUAAUAAAGCGCUGCUCUAGCUUUUUAACAGCACUAUCAACAAGGCAGGUCCUACAGGCUCUAGUUUUGUCGCACCUGGACUACUGUUCAGUCGUGUGGUCAGGUGCCACAAAGAGGGACUUAGGAAAAUUGCAAUUAGCUCAGAACAGAGCAGCACGGCUGGCCCUUGGAUGUACACAGAGAGCAAACAUUAAUAAUAUGCAUGUCAAUCUCUCCUGGCUCAAAGUGGAGGAGAGAUUGACUUCAUCACUACUUGUAUUUGUGAGAGGUAUUGACAUGUUGAAAGCACCGAGCUGUCUAUUUAAAUGACUAUCCACCAGAGGUCUCUUCACAGUCCCCAAGUCCAGAACAGACUAUGGGAGGCACACAGUACUACACAGAGCCAUGGCUACAUGGAACUCUAUUCCACAUCAGGUAACUGAUAGGCACAGACACAUGCAUACACACACAAUAACAUACAUACUAUACACACACGUACAGAUGGAUCUUGUGUUGUAGAUAUGUGGUAGUGGAGUAGGGGCCUGAGGCACACACUUAGUGUGUUGUGAAAUCUGUUUUGAAUGUAUUGUAAUGUUUUUAACAUUUUGCCGGACCCCAGGAAGAGUUAAAUGGGGAUCCAUAAUAAAUCAAAAUACAAGUCAUUCAGGGGCACCCCUGUAAAAUUAACACCAAUUGGUGUAAAAAUUGUUUGUUUCAAUCUCUAUGUUUUUGCAACUAAAUUGAUCUAUUAAUUCAUCUAAUGCUACUCAAAUAUAAAUAAUAUACACUACCGUUCAAAAGUUUGGGGUCACUUAGAAAUGUCCUUGUUUUUGAUAGAAAAGCAAUUUUUUUGGCUAUUAAAAUAACAUCAAAUUGAUCAGAAAUACAGUGUAGACAUUGUUCAUGUUAUAAAUGGCUAUUGUAGCUGGAAACGGCUGAUUUUUAAUGGAAUAUCUACAUAGGCGUACAGAGGCCCAUUAUCAGCAACCAUCAGUCCUGUGUUCCAAUGGCACGUUGUGUUUGCUAAUCCAAGUUUAUCGUUUUAAAAGGCUAAUUGAUCAUUAAAAAAACUUUUGCUAUUAUGUUAGCACAGCUGAAAACUGUUGUGCUGAUUAAAGAAGCAAUAAAACUGGCCUUCUUGAGACUAGUUGAGUAUCUGGAGCAUCAGCAAUUGUGGGUUCGAUUACAGGCUCAAAAUGGCCAGAAACAAAUAAUUUUCUUCUGAAACUCGUCAGUCUAUUCUUGUUCUGAGAAAUGAAGGCUAUUCCAUGUGAGAAAUUGCGAAGAAACUGAAGAUCUUGUACAACGCUGUAAACUACUCCCUUCACAGAACAGCGCAAACUGGCUCUAACCAGAAUAGAAAGAGGAGUGGGAGGCCCCGGUGCACAACUAAGCAAGAGGACAAAUACAUUAGUGUCUAGUUUGAGAAACAGACACCUCACAGGUCCUCAACUGGCAGCUUCAUUAAAUAGUACCCGCAAAACACCAGUCUCAAACUUUUGAACGGUAUAUUUAUCUAAACUAAUCCAAUCCGUUACUUGGACUUAUUGCACCUAAAUUUGAAGUUGGAAGUUUACAUACACUUCGGUUGGAGUCAUUAAAACUCAUUUUUCAACCACUCCACAAAAUUCUUGUUAACAAACUAUAGUUUUGGCAAGUCGGUUAGGACAUCUACUUUGUGCAUGACACAAGUAAUUUUUCCAACAAUUGUUUACAGACAGAUUGUUUCACUUAUAAUUCACUGUAUCACAAUGCCAGUGGGUUAGAAGUUUACAUACACUAAGUUGACUGUGCCUUUAAACAGCUUGAAAAAUUCCAGAAAAUGAUGUAAUGGCUUUAGAAGCUUCUGAUAGGCUAAUUGACAUCAUUUGAGUCAAUUGGAGGUAUACCUGUGGAUGUAUUUCAAGGCCUACCUUCAUACUUAGUGCCUCUUUGCUUGACAUCAUGGGAAAAUCAAAAGAAAUCAGCCAAGACCUCAGAAAAGAAAUUGUAGACCUCCACAAGUCUGGUUCAUCCUUGGGAGCAAUUUCCAAACGCCUGAAGGUACAUCUGUACAAACAAUAGUACGCAAGUAUAAACACCAUGGGACCACGCAGCCGUCAUACCGCUCAGGAAGGAGACAUCUCUGUCUCCUAGAGAUGAAUGUACUUCGGUGCGAAAAGUGCAAAUGAAUCCCAGAACAACAGCAAAGGACCUUGUGAAGAUGCUGGAGGAAACAGGUACAAAAGUAUCUAUAUCCACAGUAAAACAAGUCCUAUAUUGACAUAACCUGAAAGGCCGCUCAGCAAGGAAGAAGCCACUGCUCCAAAACCGCCAUAAAAAAGCCAGACUACGGUUUGCAACUACACAUGGGGAAAAAUAUCGUUAUUUUUGGAGAAAUGUCCUCUGGUCUGAUGAAACAAAAAUAUAACUGUUUGGCAUUAAUGACCAUCGUUAUGUUUGGAGGAAAAAGGGGGAUGCUUGCAAGCCGAUGAACACCAUCCCAACCGUGAAGCACGGGGGUGGCAGCAUCAUGCUGUGGGGGUGCUUUGCUGCAGGAGGGACUGGUGCACUUCACUAAAUAGAUGGCAUCAUGAGGAAGGAAAAUGAUGUGGAUAUAUUGAAGCAACAUCUCAAGACAUCAGUCAGGAAGUUAAAGCUUGGUCGCGAAUGGGUCUUCCAAAUGGACAAUGACCCCAAGCAUACUUCCAAAGUUGUGGCAAAAUGGCUUAAGGACGACAAAGUCAAAGUAUUGGAGUGGCCAUUACAAAGCCCUGACCUAAAUCCUAUAGAAAAUGUGUGGGCAGAACUGAGGAAUGGGCCAAAUAUCACCCAACUUAUUGUGGGAAGCUUGUGGAAGGCUACCCAAAAUGUUUGACCCAAGUUAAACAAUUUAAAGGCAAUAUUACCAAAUACUAAUUGAGUGUAUGUAAACUUCUGAAGUAAAGAAAUAAAAGCUGAAAUAAAUCAUUCUCUCUACUAUUAUUCUGACAUUUCACAUUCUUAAAAUAAAGUGGUGACCUGAGACAGGGAAUUUCUACUAGGAUUAAAUGUCAGAAAUUGUGAAAAACUGAGUUUAAAUGUAUUUGGUGGUGUAUGUAAACUUCAGACUUCAAUUGUGUUACUGAAAUGGUUGUUACAGUUUAAGUGGUUAGGUAGUCUCAUAUACUGUAUUAGUCUUCCCAUCCUGGCAGUCAUUCUGAAAAAUUCUAAAUGUUGGAUAUCCCCACUCUGGCUGGAUUACAAUAGGAAAUACACAUCAUAAUGUGACUUGCAGGCCUGAAAACCAUGAGUUUUAGGCCACUUUAUUAGGGUAAAACCAGGCCCUCAACAUAAGGCCUUAUUAAAUACGUUGUACGUUGUAUUGUGUUAAAGAAUGUAAUGUUAAUGAUAACAUAUUCGCUUAGGAUCUCACUUGGUGAAGGUCACAGGUCUAAAAAUCGAUGAAUGCAACAACCAUGUGUCUAUCACAAAAAAAUAGUCAUGGAUAGUAACUACAAUUCACUAGAAGGUCAAGGCACUCUAGGAAAUAUGCAAAUAAGGAUUUACACUAAGCAUUGUGUUAAUUUAACACUGAAAAGUGUGGAACCGUAUAGACACUGGAGAAUUUGCUGUGUACAUGCUCCUACACUAAUACUAAUACAUAUGCUGGGGGAAUCUGCUACAGUUUGCUCAUUCCUGAGGUUCACCAAUGUACACACUCUUAAGCAAUAGACACCCUAAAUUACUAGAUCAGUAUUUACAGUAGCUGACUGGCUUGAAUCUGUGUGCGUCCCAAAAUGGCACCAUAUUCCCUAUAUAGUACACUACUUUUGACCAGGGUCCAUAGGGAAUAGGGUGCCAUUUUGGAAGCAUUCCUCUGUUUGGCACUGUGGAGACAUUUGGCUGUCAUCUUCUCCCUCAGAGAUCACCUCAGCUGUGCUGUAUCUGCAAGCUAUUGUGUAAUUGCGCAAUUUUCUGAUUUAGUGCUCAGGCGGUGUGCAUAGUUUUCACGCCCAUAAUGGGAGUAGAUAAGCAAAAAAAAACUCCAUUCCCCUCCUCUCUUUCUCACUCGUUUUCACUUACUGUAGCGUUUUCCAGUGAUUGCGAGCGGGUUGGUCAUAUAUCCGAGUUGGGAUCAGUUCCUCAUGAAUUCCAGUCAAUUCAGGAAAUUAAAUAGACUUCGAUUGCAGUACCGGUGCGUGGGUAAAAUCACUGGGGAAGCCAGAAAACCCCCAACAUAUUACAACCUAUGUGUUGUGAUAAUUGUGUUGUUUGCUCUAUAACCUGUGAGUUGAUAUGCCUUGCAACCGUGAUAUAUAGGCCUAAAGGCUGAGACAAUAAGAAGACACAGUGGCAGAAUAAAUUCAAUCACACCUUUAUUUCAUCACAAAACCGGAGAGCAACCUCUAUUCAGUGAAGUCCACAAAGCAUAUUGCAUGUAACAAACAGUUACAUGACCUACAGCAUGGUCAAGCAAGUUAAUGUUUCCAACAUUUUUGGACCACUAAACAACUAUUGAUUUAGAACCACAGAGAGUUACCGCAAGUUGCAAAGAAAACAGGAGCUACCUCCACUAUUCGAGCACCAUUUCAACAUUAUCAAAUCACCUUUGCUUAGUCUAAUACAGUAACAACUAAAAGAUACUAAAAACAAUUUAGUCCAAUCAACGUAAGCUAAAUAUGAUGUGGCUGUUCAUGUUUCUGAUUUCUGUGUGCGUGUUUGUGUAUGUGUGCGUGCGCGUUCGUGCAAGUAGAAAAAACAUGUUGACUCACCCUACUUGUAGAGAAACGCCAAUGCCAUCCUCCUCUCUUUCAUGUUGACGAAACAGUCUAUUACUUUGUCAUAAAGUACACGCUUUUAUUUUUUAUUGUCCUAGGCUACCUGGCUAAAAUGCUUGCUAGCUAGCCUAACUUCCUUUCAUUGGCAACGUUAGCUAGUUAACAUUAGCCUUAAUAUAAUAAUAAUAAUAGCCUUCUACAUCUAGGGGAAAGUGGGGGAAAAAAGUAUUUAGUCAGCCAUCAAUUGUGCAAGUUCUCCCACUUAAAAAGAUGAGAGAGGCCUGUAAUUUUCAUCAUAGGUACACGUCAACUAUGACAGACAAAAUGAUGAAAUAAAAUCCAGAAAAUCACAUUGUAGGAUUUUUAAUGAAUUUAUUUGCAAAUUAUGGUGGAAAAUAAGUAUUUGGUCAAUAACAAAAGUUUCUCAAUACUUUGUUAUAUACCCUUUGUUGGCAAUGACACAGGUCAAACGUUUUCUGUAAGUCUUCACAAGGUUUUCACACACUGUUGCUGGUAUUUUGCUGGUAUAUUCUCCUCUAGAGCAGUGAUGUUUUGGGGCUGUCGCUGGGCAACACAGACUUUCAACUCCCUCCAAAGAUUUUCUAUGGGGUUGAGAUCUGGAGACUGGCUAGGCCACUCCAGGACCUUGAAAUGCUUCUUACGAAGCCACUCCUUCGUUGCCCGGGCGGUAUGUUUGGGAUCAUUGUCAUGCUGAAAGACCCAGCCACGUUUCAUCUUCAAUGCCCUUGCUGAUGGAAGGAGGUUUUCACUCAAAAUCUCACGAUACAUGGCCCCAUUCAUUCUUUCCUUUACACGGAUCAGUCGUCCUGGUCCCUUUGCAGAAAAACAGCCAAAGCAUGAUGUUUCCACCCCCAUGCUUCACAGUAGGUAUGGUGUUCUUUGGAUGCAACUCAGCAUUCUUUGUCCUCCAAACACGACGAGUUGAGCUUUCUAUUUUGGUUUCAUCUGACCAUAUGACAUUCUCCCAAUCCUCUUCUGGAUCAUCCAAAUGCACUCUAGCAAACUUCAGACGGGCCUUGACAUGUACUGGCUUAAGCAGGGGGACACGUCUGUCACUGCAGGAUUUGAGUCCCUGGCGGCGUAGUGUGUUACUGAUGGUAGGCUUUGUUACUUUGGUCCCAGCUCUCUGCAGGUCAUUCACUAGGUCCCCCCGUGUGGUUCUGGGAUUUUUGCUCACCGUUCUUGUGAUCAUUUUGACCCCACUGGGUGAGAUCUUGCGUGGAGCCCCAGAUCGAGGGAGAUUAUCAGUGGUCUUGUAUCUCUUCCAUUCCUAAUAAUUGCUCCCACAGUUGAUUUCUUCCCACCAAGCAUCAGCUUCCCAGCCUGGUGCAGGUCUUUAAGGUAACUAAUAAGAGCUCCCCCUUAUCCCCUCCUCCUCCUCAUAUUCCCCUGUGUAUUUACAAUCCAACCCUUUCACAAUGUCUGAAUGCGAAUUAAAAUACCAUUUUCAAUUUUAGCAGGUGGCCAACUCCCAUUACCUCUUUGGAGAUCUCAGUAAAAAGGGUGAGUAAAUGUUAAUUCUUUAUCACAGUUGACAUAAACUUUAAGAAAACAUGCACGCACUGAAGCCAACACUAUGAUAAAACCUAUAGCCUAUACAUUAGAUUCACACUCAUUAUCUGGUUGUACUCGAUCCCUUGCCGCACACAGCAAGCAAUGUACGUGUUCUCCGGUGGUGUAAGCCGCUGAGGCUUCACAGGUUUGAGACGUAUGGGAAGGCCUGUGCUGAGUGCUGCCUGGCCAGAGACCCCUACUGUGCCUGGGACGGCACAUCCUGCACCCACUACACCUCGCUCAGCAAACGCCGCUACCGCCGCCAGGACAUCAGGCACGGCAACCCGGCCCUGCAGUGUAUGGACCAGAACCUCAGUGGUGAGAGAGGGGGAGAUGGAGGGGAAGGGGUGGGAAUGAAAAAGGAAUUAAUGUAAAUGAAUGACAAAGUGAAGAUGAUAGACUAUGUGAGAAGGAUAUACAGUACGGAGACUCACAACAUUCCAAGUGCCAUUGUGGGAAAAUAGGGCACUGUAAUAUCCUGUUGAGAAAUGCUUAUUACAAUGGUGUGCAUGACUGCGGGGUGAGGGGGGUGAGCUAGUCUGGCUGCCAUGGUGGCCAAGCGGAAAUUAACCCAGAGUAUUUUCUGGUCAAACUCGUCCAUUGAGAGGUAUUAGACUCUGAGAAGUGAGGUAGGACAAACACUGGGACUGCAUCGUAAAUGGCACCCUAGCCCUACAGUUACCUGUCCAAAAUGUUUAUCAGGAACUUAAUUUUUGGAUUACCCAAACUCAGUAAUGUAAUCUGAUUACUUUUGGAUUACUUUCCCUUUAAAAGGCUAAGACAAAAAGGACCCAUCAAACACAUUUUUUAUGUGUCAUCAUAGUGGUCUCUGAUUUUUGGUCAGACUCGCGCAGGGGGAACAAAAGUAAACUUGCGCCUUUUUUCAAUGCUGAAUUGAAUGUCAUGGAGAAAACAGAAAGGUGUCAUAAUAUAUUUUUUCACAAACAUCCUUUCUGAAUUUAAAAGUUAUCCAAUAAGUAAUCAUCUAGCUUUUCAAAAGUAUCUGUAAAUCUGAUUACAAUAUUUGUGCUGGUAACAUAACUGAUUACAGUUAGUUUUUUUUGUAAGCAGAUUAUACCCCGACCAGGGCUUUGGUCAAAAGUAUAGUUCACUAUAUGCAGUUGAAGUCAGAAGUUUACAUACACCUUAGCCAAAUACAUUUAAACUCAGUUUUUCACAAUUCCUGACAUUUAAUCCUAGUAAAUAUUCCCUGUUUUAGGUCUUAAGAAUGUGAAAUGUCAGAAUAAUAGUAGAGAGAAUGAUUUAUUUCAGCUUUUAUUUCUUUCAUCACAUUCCCAGUGGGUCAGAAGUUUACAUACACUCAAUUAGUAUUUGGUAGCAUUGCCUUUAAAUUGUUUAACUUGGGUCAAACGUUUCGGGUAGCCUUCCACAAGCUUCCCACAAUACAUUGGGUGAAUUUUGGCCCAUUCCUCCUGACAGAGAUGGUGUAACUGAGUCAGGUUUGUAGGCCUCCUUGCUCGCACAUGCUUUUUCCUCAGUUCUGCCCACACAUUUUCUAUAGAAUUGAGGUCAGGGCUUUGUGAUGGCCACUCCAAUACCUUGACUUUGUUUUCCUUAAGCCAUUUUGCCACAACUUUGGAAGUAUGCUUGGGGUCAUUGUCCAUUUAGAAGACCCAUUCGCGACCAAGCUUUAACUUCCUGACUGAUGUCUUGAGAUGUUGCUUCCAUAUAUCCACAUAAUUUUCCUUCCUCAUGAUGCCAUCUAUUUUGUGAAGUGCACCAGUCCCUCCUGCAGCAAAGCACCCCCACAGCAUGAUGCUGCCAACCCCGUUCUUCACAGUUGGGAUGGUGUUCUUCGGCUUGCAAGCCACCCCCUUUUUCCUCCAAACAUAACGAUGGUCAUUAAUGCCAAACUAUUUUUGUUUCAUCAGACCAGAGGUCUGUCCCCAUGUGCAGUUGCAAACCGUAGUCUGGCUUUUUUAUGAUGGUUUUGGAGCAGUGGCUUCUUCCUUGCUGAGCGGCCUUUCAGGUUAUGUCGAUAUAGGACUCGUUUUACUGUGGGUAUAGAUACUUUUGUACCUGUUUCCUCCAGCAUCUUCACAAGGUCCUUUUCUGUUGUUCUGGGAUUGAUUUGCACUUUUCGCACCAAAGUACAUUAAUCUCUAGGAGACAGAAGGCGUUUCCUUCCUGAGCAGUAUGACGGCUGCGUGGUCCCAUGGGUUUUAUACUUGCAUACUAUUGUGUGAACAGAUGAACGUGGUACCUUCAGGCGUUUGGAAAUUGCUCCCAAGAAUGAACCAGACUUGUGGAGGUCUACAAUUUUUUUUCUGAGAUCUUGGCUGAUUUCUUUUGAUUUUCCCAUGAUGUCAAGCAAAGAGGUACUGAGUACUGAGGAUACGAAGAGGUAGGACGCAGACACAGGAAUCAACAAUAUAAAGGUUUACUUAACACUGAGCAAGAGAACAACAAAGCGCGAGGACAUGACAUGACACUAACAAUCACACACAACACUGAACAGUCCAAGGCUAUAUAGGGGUGGUAAUGAGAUGAUGAGGUGCAGGUGCGCUGGAGGUGAUUAGGGUGCGUUGGGUUUCCAUUCUGGUGUUGCCGAGAUGGUGCGCUCAGACCGGUGGCUCAGUAGACCGGCGAAUCAGAGCACCGGAGGGGAGCAACGGGAGGAGACAUGACAAUUAUAAGUGAAAUAAUCUGUCUGUAAACAAUUGUUGGAAAAAUGACUUGUGUCAUGCACAAAGUAGAUGUCCUAACCGACUUGCCAAAACUAUAGUUAGUGGUCCUCUGUAGCUCAGCUGGUAAAGAACAGCGCUUGUAACGCCAGGGUAGUGGGUUCGAUCCCCUGGACCACCCAUACACAAAAAUGUAUGCACGCAUGACUGUAAGUCGCUUUGGAUAAAAGCGUCUGCUAAAUGGCAUAUUAUUAUUAUAUAUUAUUAACAAGAAAUUUGUGGAGUGGUUGAAAAACAAGUUUUAAUGACUCCAACCUAAGUGAAUGUAAACUUCCGACUUCAACUGUAUGUAAUAGGGUGCCAUGUGGACUGCAAGCUGGGUCUUUAGAUAAAUACAUAUAAAUAGCAUCUCUGAUUUUGUCUUAGGGGAGAGCGAACAAGACAUACACUGUAAACAAUUUAUAGGUUGGACGACCAAAGGCCAGUUUAAAUAAUGUGUAGUCAGGUCUAGAGGGAAGUUGUCAUCUGACAGAACACAAGCUGUGUUUGACUGAGGCGUCAUGUCCCUGUGUAUAAUGUGUAUCCCUCUGUUGGGAGCCAGAGUGAUAGCAACAUGAAACACAUGCUUUAUCUUCAAACAACACACUUGUGUAUAUACUGUACACAGACAUAUACUGUAACACAGAUGAUCUCAAAUAUACACAAAUUGUGCUGUAUUUGGGUUCCUUGUCUGUGUCUUACAGGUAUGAAAGAUAUGCUAUGGUGCAGUUGAAAUAUACAGCAUUACCGGUAUAUGUGUGUAAGAAAUGACAUCAUACACAAGCCGUGGGCUGAAUGAGACGGUCUUCAUUUGAAGAACCUUUUAAUUUAACAAGUAAUGGAAACUAGAUUAUAUUUAUGGAGAAACUUCACUGAACCUUGGCACACCUGUGCUGAGAAUAAGACAGAUCCCUGUCAGUUUGUCAUCGUGUGAGAGGGGAACAGAAGGGCAGAGAGAGGGGGAACAAAAGAAGGAAAGGUGUAGCAGUCAGAGGGUCGGAGAAUGUGUUUUGCUCACCUGAAGGAGUGUGUGAGGGGUGUUGAAAGUUCUCUGCCAGGUCUAGGAGUUCCUUAGGGUUGGAUUGCAUUACACUGACAUUGAAUAAAGGCACUCAAAAAGGGAGAUUUAGUGUCUACCAUAGCUGAAGAUGGCAUGACCAAAGUCACAGGGCCUACUGAGACCACACCAUACUCUGAAGAUCACAAUUCUAAGUGUACGUAUUCUAAUGUUGUGUCUGUUCUGUGUUACAGUGGAGGAGCUGGACAUAACAGAAGACAGGGUUGUGUACGGAACAGAGAACAACAGCACCUUCCUGGAGUGUAUACCCCGCUCCCCUCAGGCCACCGUUACAUGGCUGGUCCAACGAGACGACCACAAGGAAGAGGUGAGAUAGAUGGAUCAAUGGGGGAGGGAGAGAGUGUGAGAGACAGAGGUGGAGGGAUCACGAGCGUGUUGGAAAGAGAUGGGGAGAAAGAGAGAGAAUGUCUGAUGGAGGAUAGAGCAAGAGAUGGAGCAAUAAGAAGUAUGUUAUUUCCCUUCCCUUUUCCUCCCUCCCUCACCCUCCCUCCCUUUCUCCCUGCAGGUGAAGCUGGAUGAGCGAGUGAUGCGUAUGGAGCAGGGCCUGCUGUUCCGCCGUGUGUUACGUCAGGACGAGGGCGUGUAUGUGUGUCGCUCCCGUGAGCACGGCUUCACCCAGACCCUCACCCGCCUCUCCCUGGAGGUCCUGCAGGGGGACACACUGAGCGAGCUGCUGGCCCGUGACGACACCCACCUCGAUGGUCCCCUGGGGGUGAAGGGGUACCGGUCCUGGCCUCCCUGCCAUGCUUACAGGAGCACCAACCCCCUCAGCCACCCGCGCCCCUGGUUCAAGGACAUCAUGCAGCUGAUCGGCCCGUCCAACCUGCCGCACGUGGAGGAGUACUGUGAGAGGAUGUGGUGCAACGAUAAGCUGCGGCGCAAACACAAGAGCAUGCUGGACAAGUACCGGCAGGCGCAGGAUAGCGCGCGCAAAGCCCGCAAUAAGGGCUCCGGGGAACGCAACCGGACGCCGCGGGACGUCAGUAACCGACAGCCA